CUCACGUGAUGCAGCGGGAAGAUGGCGGCGCCCAGGGGUGGCGUGCGGGACUCUGAGGCGGGUUGGGCCUAGUGUCGUGUUCUGUCGGGCUGCUCUCUGUUGCCGACAUGUCUCGGCUCAUCGUGAAGAACCUCCCCAACGGGAUGAAGGAAGAUCGCUUUCGGAAGUUGUUUGCAGCCUUUGGCACACUGACUGAUUGUUGCUUGAAGUUCACCAAGGAUGGUAAGUUCCGGAAAUUUGGCUUCAUUGGCUACAAGUCUGAAGAUGAAGCUCAAGCAGCACUGAGCCAUUUCAACAGAAGUUUCAUAGACACCUCCAGAGUCACUGUUGAGUUAUGCAAGUCUUUCGGUGACCCUUCAAAGCCCAAAGCAUGGAGUAAGCACUCUCAGAAAGUCCCUGCCUUGGAAAAGCAGCUUGAGAAACCUGUGACAAUUGCAGAUCAUGCAAGCACAAAAAAAGAUAAAAAGAAGAAAAAUCCAUCAGAAAACUUUAAGGAGCUGGAAGAAGAUAAAACAUUCCAGGAAUUCUUGGUGGUUCACCAGAAACGGUCUCAGGUGGCCACUUGGGCUAAUGACACUUUGGUGGAGGAGCCCAAGAAGGAAAAAUCAAAGCCAGUGGCUGAUUAUCUGAACUUUGAUUCAGAUGAGUCUAAGGAUCUGAGUGAGGAGGAGAAGGAUGGGAGUGAAUCCUCUAAAGAUGAGGAGGAAACCAAAGCAAAGAAACAACAGGAGAAGAAGGCAGCUACGAGAGAAGACCUCUCAGAUAUGGAUUACUUGAAAUCUAAAGUAGUGAGGGAUUCCUCCUCCUACUCUUCAUCCAGUACAGAGGAAGAAACAGAUAGUGAGGAAGUGGAAGAGGAAAGCAAGAAUGAGGAGGAUUCAGGCAUUACAGAAAAUAUUGUAAAGAAAAACACAGAAAAAAGGAGAAAGUCAAAACCCCAAGAAGCAGAGCAAGAGACACCAGCAGAGAAGAAGAAAAAAGGAUCCACACUAGAGUCUUCUGUGCAGCAGAAGAACCAAGUCAGUUCAGCAGAAGCAAGCACACCACACACAGUGAAACUACGUGGUGCCCCUUUGAAUAUCACUGAGCAAAAGAUUCGAGAAUUCUUCUCACCUCUGAAGCCAGUGGCAAUCCGGAUAGGAAAAAAUGCCCAGAGGAAAAAUACAGGUUAUAUCUUUGUUGAUUUGAAGAGUGAGGCAGAAGUGCAAAGGGCCUUGAAGCAGAAAAAAGAAUACAUAGUUUUUUCCAGGCAAAUGCUGGGGGAGGUUUCUUCUGCACAGCUGCUGUGGGAUAACCAGUUGCCAUGUGGGCGAUACAUUGAGGUAUCCCGAUGUGAGAAUACCCCAAAAGAAACUGUUACAGCAAAAACUCAUGACCAGCCUUGGCAACGAAUUAAGAGGGAUGAUGAGGAAGAGGAAGACUUAUCUGAAUCAGGGAGACUCUUUGUCAGAAAUCUUCCUUUUACUAGCACUGAGGAAGACUUGGAGAAGAUCUUUUCCAAGUAUGGGCCCCUCUCAGAGAUCCAUUUCCCUGUUGACAGACUGACAAAGAAACCCAAAGGAUUUGCUUUUAUCACCUACAUGAUUCCUGAACAUGCAGUGAAGGCCUAUGCAGAAAUGGAUGGGCAGGUGUUCCAGGGCAGAAUGAUACAUCUUUUACCCUCUACAAUCAAAAAAGAAAAAAUUGAAGAUGUUGAUGCAGAAGAAUCUUCCUCCUACAAAAAGCAGAAGGAGGCCAAGGACAAAGCCAGCAGUGCCAGCUCUCACAAUUGGAAUACAUUGUUUGUGGGGACAAAUGCUGUGGCUGAUGCUAUUGCUCAGAAAUACAAUGCUUCCAAAAGCCAAGUGCUGGAUCAUGAGAGUAAAGACAGCGUGGCAGUGAGGGUUGCUCUGGGAGAAACCGAGCUGGUCCAGGAAAUCCGACGGUUCCUCAUUGAAAAUGGAGUUAGCCUGGAUUCCUUCAGUCAGGCUGCUGGUGAGCGGAGUAAAACUGUGAUCCUGGUUAAGAACCUCCCAGCCACCACAAGCACAGCAGAGCUGGAGGCUGUCUUCGGCAAACAUGGCAGCCUGGGCCGGGUGCUGCUCCCAGCUGGAGGCAUCACAGCCAUUGUGGAAUUCCUGGAGCCAACCGAGGCCAAACAAGCAUUCACUAAGCUGGCCUACUCCAAGUUUCACUCUGUGCCAUUGUAUCUGGAAUGGGCUCCAAUGGGUGUCUUCUCCAGCCCAGCCCUUCAGAAAAAAAACAUAGAAGCUCUGGAGAAGGAGGAAAAAGAAAGGCUGGUACCUGAUGGUGACAUAACUAUAAAGGGCUCAGAGGAAACAUCAGCACGGGAUGAGGAAGAAGAUGAAGAGGAAGAUGAGGAAGAGAGCAUUCCAGGGUGUACCUUGUUCAUCAAGAACCUCAACUUUACCACCACAGAAGUCACGCUGAAGGAGACGUUCUCCAAAGUGGGAGCUGUGAAGAGCUGCACAAUAUCCAAGAAGAAAGACAAAGCAGGCACUUUGCUUUCCAUGGGCUUUGGAUUUGUGGAGUACAAGAAGCCAGAGAGCGCUCAGAAAGCCUUGCGACGGCUCCAGGGCUGCAUUGUAGAUGGCCAUAAGCUGGAAGUCAAAAUCUCUGAGAGAGCUGUCAGGCCUGCUGUGAAGUCCUCCCGAAAGAAGCAGACGAUCAAGAAGCAGAAGACUUCCAAGAUCCUAGUUCGAAACAUCCCAUUCCAGGCCACCAUCAGGGAGAUCAGGGAGCUCUUCAGCACCUUCGGGGAGCUGAAGACCGUCCGGCUGCCCAAGAAGAUGGCAGGAACGGGCUCACACCGCGGCUUCGGCUUCGUGGAUUUCCUCACCAAGCAGGAUGCCAAGAAAGCAUUCAAUGCCCUGUGCCACAGCACGCACUUGUACGGCCGCAGGCUGGUCCUGGAGUGGGCAGACACAGAGGAGACGGUGGAGGCCCUGAGGCGGAGGACAGCUGACCACUUCCACGAUUCCCCAAAGAGGAAGAAGCGAUCAGAGGUGUUGGGUGAAAUCCUGGAGCAGCUAGAGGAGGAGGGGGGCAACAAGGAUGAGGCCCUCUAGCCAGUCUCCAGCAUGGUGAGGGCUGAUGGAUGGAGAACUGAUGGAUUCUCAGUGAACACUCACCUGUUGUGUACCCACAGUCCAUCCCCAGAGUGCAGAGCUGUGCUGCUGCCCCAGGACCCUCCUCCAUCCACAGCACCAGGGCAGGAGCCAGCACUGAGGUGGGAGUCCUGGCCAGCCCCAAUCAGUCUGGCAGAUUUGCUCUUCAUGUCUGAAGUAAAUGAUCAUUUGUAUACAUUAAAAGCCAUGCAUAUAUUUUUAAUAAGAGCUUUACGAAAUCUCAAGGUUUGCUUGGAUGUAUUUCUGAAUUCGUGGGGUUAUUCUGUCCUGAUGGGUGGAUAAGGGUGAUAAGGGAGCGGGGCGGGGGCCGUGGUGCUUUCGGCUCUGCCU